AUACUAAAAUGCAGUUACAUUUUUAAGAAGGGUUUUUACAUUCAAUUUUAUUCUAGCUUUGCGGGGAAAAAAAUAGCUGUUCAGUUUGCCCACACUUCUCAGGCGCGGGUGUUAGAUUGUUUUGCCUUUUUUUAAUUUAAGCAGCCCCUUUAUAAUCAGUGAGAUGCAAUCAUAAAAUCAAUAAAUCAUAGUUGAGUGGUAUCGCCUAAUAUGAUUUGUUCUCCAUUGCUUGCAAAAUGAGAUUUUUGUGCAGAUACAAAUUAUGUAGGUUGCAGUUUGUCUUCCUUUGGAUAAUUCUGGGGUUCUUUGUGAUGAUUGUAACAUUUUUCGACCCUUUUUUCGAUGGAUUUUCCAAAAAGACGCUAAUUUCUCCUCACCAAAAAGUAAAGGAUAAUUCCGAUUUGGAUGAAAUAAUAGAUUCUCGAGACCAGAUGGAACUUGGUGGAUUUUCUUCUCUAAGUUUGUUGAAAGAAGAUCAGCUUAUAAUUGUUCCCUCGAAAGUGAAAAGAAAACAAAAUCCUCAAAAAAAAGCUAAUUAUAAGAUGUUGAGGUCUGGAGGUAAAAAGGAUGCAAGGCUUUUAGUAUCCACUCACAGUCAUCUUGGAAAACCUGUGCAUCUUAUCCUAAACCAAUUUGAAAAGGACAUUGAAGAGUCGGGACUAAAGAAACACGGUUUUAAUGAGUUAGCGAGUAAGCGAAUCUCACUUCAUAGAAGGCUACCGGAGGUGCGACAUCCUUCGUGUCUCACACAGCAGUACAGUGUGCAGCUGCCUACUGCCAGUGUUAUCAUCUGCUUUCAUAAUGAGGCUUGGUCUACACUGCUGAGAACAGUACACAGUGUCCUAGACACUGUGCCUAAAACACUGCUGAAAGAUGUCAUUUUAGUGGAUGAUCUUAGUAGACAAGGCCACCUGAAGUCAUCUCUCAGUGAGCACAUUGCUAAGCUGGAUGGAGUAAAGCUGAUAAGGAGCAAUAAGCGCCUGGGGGUUACUGGAGGCCGAAUGCUCGGGGCAGCAAGAGCUUCUGGAGAUGUGCUUGUCUUUAUGGACUCGCACUGUGAGUGUCACAAGGGCUGGCUUGAGCCACUGCUGGACAGAAUAGCAGGGGACAGAAACCUGGUUGUGUCGCCUGUGAUGGAUAUCAUCGAUUGGAAGACUUUUCAAUACUACCCCUCAGCUGAUCUGCAGAGAGGAGUGUUUGACUGGAAACUGGAUUUUCAUUGGGAGCCAUUGCCAAGGAAUAUGUUAAAGAAGCAAAAAUCCCCUGUUCACCCUGUCAGGAGUCCUGCUUUAGCAGGUGGAGUUUUGGCCAUUGAACGUAACUUUUUCCAGAGGAUUGGAGCAUAUGAUCCUGGGAUGACCUUACAGGGGGCAGAAAAUGUGGAGCUGUCAAUUAGGGUGUGGAUGUGUGGGGGUUCCAUGGAGAUCCUUCCCUGUUCCCGAAUUGGACAUUUGGACCGCAGCCACAUUCCAUUCUCACUUUCUGAUGAGCAUGCUGUUGAGAGCAACAAAAUUCGGGUGGCUGAGACCUGGAUGGACUCUUAUAAAAAGAUCUUUUUCAAUCGGGAUGUUGUUGCAUAUUUUAUAAAAAAGGCAGAGAAUUUUAAUUGUACAGAAAGACUGCAGCUACGCAAAAGACUUGGGUGCAAGAAUUUUCACUCGUUUCUGUCAGAUGUCCAUCCCGAGCUGUACCUACCACAAGACAGACCAGGAUAUUCAGGAGAGCUGUACAAUGUUGGCACUGGCUAUUGUGCAGAUUACAAGAAUACGUUGGAUGCCAUAGGAAAGCCUGUGAUGAUCUCACCCUGCAGUGGUAAUGGCAAACAGCACUGCGAGUACAACACUCAGAGAGAAGUCCGCUGUGGCUCAGCAGGACAGCUGUGUUUUGAUGUCAGAAAGGAGCAGGUUAUCCUGUCUGACUGCUCUUUAAAAGAAGACAUCCACUCUAGGCAGCUGUGGAACAUAAUAGAGGUAAGCAGAUAA